AUGGCCUUUUUUUGUUCAACUCUGCAUGCUACUGGACCGAAAAGACCACCUAACCAGACCAAUGGCACCAUCACAGCUCUGGCUAACCCUGCUCCUGUUCCAGAGCCUCAAAAGGAGGCUGCUGUGGUUACCUUCCAAUCCCCAGCCUCUGUCUCCCCUAACAUUUCCUGCUCCAACAGAGAGGAUCUGUCUCCAGGCUGUGUAAUUGCCUCCAAUGGAACCAUGGUCCGCAGAGAUCUAAAUGCCUUUGAACAGGCUCUUAAGGCCAGAGCUGCAUCUCCUUCUCGCCUCCUUGCCUCCACUUCCUUCUCGAAGAAUCAUAACCGGCAAAAUGUUCCAACACUCUCGGAUCCUGAUGAUUCGGAUGCCUAUAGAGACAUGGCGUCCUUGUUUGAGCCUAAACUGGAUCACCUUUACAACGAACAGUCCAGUAGUUCAAAAGCACCAAAGUCUACAGAACCGUUCACUAUCAAAGCUGGUCUCAUAAAUAAGACAAAUGAACCGAUCCUACAGAAAAAAGCUAAAAGUGUUUACUGUAACGCUACCAAUUCCAAACUGUCCGCUGAUCUGACAAGUUCUCACCCUUUCUCUAUCAUCAGAAGAGAAGACCUUGAGUUAUUUCGAAUCAGCUAUACUUACCAGAGAUAA